CCAUGGGCUGAAAGGGAAGAGAGACGGUGUGAAUGCUCGUGGGGUGAACGAUGAGCCCUGGAACUUCUUAGCCCUGGAACUUAGCCGUGGAACUGAGCCCUGACCUAUCUUCGCAUCCAUAGCCGCGGCUGUGUUCCGAACGACUGGCCACCGUUCGAUCCUCGGGAUCGACGGUUGUCGUUAUCGGUCUGGAACGGAAAUCAACUUCUCCACGUGACGGUUGCCCAGCUCCUUCUCGUCUUCCACGUGGCAGAUCUGUUGCCGCCAUAGCUACACUCACUCAGCACCUUAGCGGCCAUGUCACUGGGUGACAAUCUUGGGCCUUAUGGCCCUGUCUCGGGGAGUGUACCUGUUGCGGCGGGGCCGGAGGUUGCUCUCCAGUUUCAAGGGGAUAAGCCACCCUCCAUCUUCUCUAUUGCCUACUACAGGCCAUACUUUGAUGUGGACACAUCUGAUGUUCUUGAGAGAAUCCUGGAGACAUUUAUUCCUUUCAGGAGCACAUUCAAUGAAAAGACGAGUGCGCAGCCGGACAUGUAUGGCCCCUUUUGGAUCUGCACCACUCUCAUUUUCUUGUCAUCGGCCCUCGGAAACAUCGCCAAUUAUUUAUCGUCGGAGGAAAAGACAUGGCAUCUAGAUAUAAGCAACGUGUCGAGGUCGACGGGGAUAUUCUACGGAUAUGUGGGAGUCGUUCCGCUUGUGCUUUUUGCAGUUCUCAAGUAUUUUGGCAUGUCGUCGGGCCUCGUCCAACUCUGGUGCAUGUAUGGUUAUUCUUUGUUCAUCUACAUCCCGUGCACGUUUAUCUCUGUGGUACCGAAAGAGCUUGUUCGGUGGAUUGCGCUUGGUACGUCAGCAGCUUUUUCAACCUGGUUUCUGGCGACAAAUAUGAGAGCACACGUAAAACAGACGAGCGAGAGAUGGGUUCUGAUCGUCCUUGCAGCUAUGUGUCUCCACACCGCGCUUGCUUUCCUGCUAAAGCUCUUCUUCUUUGUAUGAUUCGUCUCUGGUUGAGGUGUGUGUACCGGUUUCUAAUCUUUUAUUUUUCCAUAUUAAUUCCUUGAGUUUUGAAUCAGAGGCGCUGAGAGAGGGUAAUAACAAUAAUAAUAUUGCGGGCUCUUGUGGGUCGGUUGCUCACGGAAGCGCUGAAGAGAGAAAUAAAACUUAAUUGAGAGUCUUGCUGGAGGGAGAGGACACAAACGUCGCCCGAGAGAGCCCUGCCAAGGGAGAAGGCACUGACGAAAUCGCUGGUGGGUGGCUUUGGCUUUGCUCCGGGCUUACCUUCAUUUUUUUUUUUUUUUUUUUUUUUUUGUGAAACGAUCGGGGAUCACUGCUGCUAUUUCAUAU